UUUUUGUUGUUUAUAUACUAUCAUAGAAACCCAUGUUUUAAUUCCUUGGUACCAUGGAUUUUUUCGCCAUCGUUUUGGUCCUUCCAGUUGGAGUUUUCAUCGUCAACACCCUAUGGCGACGGUGGAUCGACCAGAAGCCAUUGUUUAAGACUCGAAAGCUUCCUCCGGGUCCACCGAGGUGGCCUAUAGUUGGUAAUCUCCUUCAAUUAAGCUCACUUCCACAUAGGGAUUUAGCUUCCCUAUGUGACAAAUACGGUCCAUUAGUGUACCUUCGUCUCGGCAACGUAGACGCCAUCACCACCAACGACCCGGACACUAUACGUGAAAUACUUCUCCGUCAAGACGAUGUCUUCGCCUCUAGGCCACGGACACUUGCCGCAGUCCAUCUCGCAUACGGAUGUGGGGAUGUCGCAUUGGCCCCUCUAGGCCAGCAUUGGAAACGGAUGAGGAGAAUCUGCAUGGAGCAUUUACUAACGACGAAAAGGCUAGAAUCGUUCGCGAAACACCGAGCCGAGGAAGCCCGGCAUUUGGUGCGAGAUGUUUCGGACCGAGCCGAAAACGGGAAGGCAGUGAAGUUGAGGGAAGUUUUGGGUGCGUUCUCGAUGAACAAUGUGACUAGGAUGUUGCUAGGGAGGCAAUAUUUUGGGGCCGAAUCUGCUGGCCCAAGUGAAGCCAUGGAGUUCAUGCACAUAACACAUGAGCUGUUUUGGCUAUUGGGGGUUAUCUAUUUGGGGGAUUAUCUGCCCAUUUGGAGGUGGGUGGAUCCCCAUGGGUGUGAGAAAAGGAUGAGGGAAGUAGAAAAAAGAGUGGAUGAUUUCCAUGAAAGGAUAAUUGAAGAACAUAGGAGAGCAAAGAAGGAAUUUGGCAAAGAAGAAGAUGAUGAAGAAACGGAUUUUGUUGAUGUUUUAUUGUCAUUGCCCGGUGAAGAUGGUAACCUUAAAGCUCUAAUUCAGGAUAUGAUAGCUGCGGCAACAGACACGUCAGCUGUGACAAACGAAUGGGCAAUGGCGGAAGUGAUAAAGCAUCCACGUGUCCUACGUAAGAUCCAAGAUGAGCUCGAUUCCGUCGUGGGUCGCAACCGUAUGGUGGUGGAAUCCGAUCUGCCUCACCUUAACUACCUGCGCUGCGUAGUACGGGAAACGUUCCGCAUGCACCCGGCCGGGCCGUUCUUGAUCCCGCACGAGUCGCUUCGAGACACCACCAUCCACGGUUAUUACAUCCCCGCGAAGACACGUGUCUUCAUCAACACACACGGGCUUGGCCGGAACACCAAACUGUGGGACGACGUCGAGGUUUUCAGGCCGGAGAGACACUGGCUAGCCGACGGGAGUCGUGUCGAGAUCAGCCACGGAGCCGAUUUCAAAAUACUGCCUUUCAGUGCCGGGAAAAGGAAGUGUCCCGGCGCGCCGCUAGGAGUGACGCUGGUGCUCAUGGCUUUGGCUCGGCUCUUUCAUUGCUUCGAUUGGAGCCCGCCGGAAGGCUUGAGGCCCGAAGAUAUUAAUACGGUGGAGGUUUAUGGGAUGACCAUGCCCAAGGCCGAGCCUUUACUGGCUAUUGCUCGGCCUCGCUUGGCGGACCACGUAAUGUUAUAGUAGAAAAUA